AUGGCCAUCAAGAAGCGAUUGACCAAUCUGGGGAGCUUGAUGAGGAAACCUACCUCGGCGCAAGACACAGAACACUCGUCCGAUGCGGACACACCAGAAGCCAAUGCGCAACGAGGAGUGAGACUCUUUUGCGAAUCUGGCGCCGCAAAUUCUGGCGAAGAGGUCCUACACCUUCCCACCAUCGUCGAAGCCGCCGUCGCAAGCCCCCAUGCUGCCGCCUCCGCUGCCUCGCAGAUUCGCAAGUUCCUCUCCAAGGACAACUACUCGAAGCCACACGUCCAGUACAAUGCGGUCAUGCUCAUCAGGAUCCUCGCAGAUAACCCAGGGGCCUCCUUCACCAAGAACCUCGACAAGCAAUUCGCCGACACGGUCAAACAUCUGCUGCGGAAUGGACAAGACCCGAGUGUGGCGCAGAUUCUGAGGGAGACACUGGAUGCUAUGGAGCGCGAGAAGGCGUACGACACCAAUCUCAAUACGCUAUUCGCAAUGUGGAGGAAGGAGAAAGGCCUAAUGGCAAAUGCCCAGAAGCAAUGGGGCCCCCGCACACUCAACGCACCAGCCUGGAACGGUCAACAAAUUCAAGGUGGAUUCAACUCGGGAGGCGGAGGUGGAAGUCGGACUCGCAGCCUGCCACCGCCGAUAGAGCUGGCCGGCCGCAUCGAGGAGGCGCGUACAUCUGCCAAACUUCUCCUACAGCUCGUACAAUCGACACCCGCGAACGAGCUCAUAGGAAACGAGCUCGUCAAGGAGUUUUCGGAGCGGUGCAUAUCCGCGCAGCGGAGCGUACAGGGUUACAUCAAUUGCGACAAUCCAGCACCCGACGAUGAUACCAUGUUGACCCUGAUCGAGACGAACGAGCAGCUAUCUCUCGCUGCCUCGAAACACCAGCGUGCAAUCCUCCAGGCCAGGCGAAUGCAGGGACAGUCUCCCACUCCCCCGAUCUCCACUGCCAAUAACCCACCGCAGAGCAUGUACAACCCGCCUCCGCAACCGCCGCCUCGUCAGGAUCCCUCCCCGGUCGCGCCCGUCAACGCCGGCUCAACCAGCCCAACAAAUAGCUAUGACAAGACCGAGCUACCGCUACCGCCGUCCCUCCAAGCCGGAGGAGGCAACCGAAGACCACAAGCCGCCGCUCAGCCCGAGGAUAACCCAUUCGCAGACACCUAUGCCGCCCCCUCUGGCCCACCUCCUGGUCGCGCCGCGGACGACGACGACGCACCUACGAAUGGACACCGCGGAGGAUCGCCGACAUCGUACAACCCAGGCUACCAGUCCACUCCCUCGUAUCUGGGCCGCCAGGAGAGUUCUGCGAACCACCUCACGAUGCACGGGGGUGCGCAACCGAUCGCGGAGGGCAACGAAGGUGGCAACCGCCCCGCGACGCCGGAUCAGAACCGCCCGAGGAACCGCGACAGCGACGUCUCGCCCAUUGCGGAGCGUGCGCCCGUGACAUACAGAUUCUGA